AAUAACAGCUAACAGGCUCUCUCUCUCUCUCUCUCUCUCUCUCUCUCUCUCUCUCUCUCUCUCUCCUUCUUCCUCGUCGGUCUCCUCUGCUUCUCUCUCUGUCUGUGACUGUGAGAGUCUGCAUUUGCCGUGACAGUGAAGAAGACGAACGAAGAAGGAAGCUCCCAUGAAUUUGGCAUAGAAAACUUCGGGCGGAAGAUGUUCAGGCUACACAAGCAGAAGUCCGACAAAUCAGGGGAGAGAUUCGAUUUCAAGCUCUCCAACCUUCAGGCCCUUCAGGUGCCAAAAGGAUGGGACAAACUUUCUGUAGCGGUUGUCUCUGCAGAAACAGGGAAGGCUGUCGGUAAAUCGGCAAAGGCACUUGUGUGCAAUGGAAACUGUCAGUGGACGGAGAGCUUCUCCGAGUCGGUUUGGGUACCGACCUACGAUGCUUCAAAUGACACUGAAGGGUGUCUCCUUAAGAUUGUUGUGUUCAUGGGGUCCUCGAGAUCUGGUAUGCUAGGAGAGGCUAAUAUUAAUUUGACAAAUUUCACGAGUUCCAGAACUUCUGUACCUGUUUCUUUGCCGUUAAAGAAAUGCAGCCACGGGACCGUUAUACAAAUGAAAGUUCAAUGCCUAAAUCCGAAGACGAAGAUCAGGAAUGAGCCAGGAAAGGACAUGACCUCAUCACCAGAGGAGACAAAUAUUGACUACGAUGACAUCGAGAACAAGUCCGAUGUGUCUGAUAAUUUGUCGCACAUGAGUUCAGGAUCUGCAUCGAGCAAUCACAUGGAUGCCCAAUUUCAUUCUGGAGAAAUCAUUAGUCGGGAGACAAGCUUUUCAGCAUCAGGUUCACACUACGGCUACGACCCCGGGGAAGGCUCCUUUGCGAGGGAAAGUUUUUCCCCUCAUAGAUAUCUAAACGGGGCAACUAGCAGUCAUAUUGGAAGGCAAGAUUCGGCCUCUUUCAAUGCCAGUUUAGGGUACGACUCUCCUCCGUCGAGAUCGAAGAACUCCUUCAAUUCCAAGACCUCGCGAUCGAGAAACUCUCUCCAGAAUGAGGACUUGCAACGAAGUUCAAGGACCUUCACGGGAUCGCCUCUUCGUGGUUCGGGUUCCUCUAAGGAACUAAUAGAAGCUGUAGAAGUCACAGUGGAGGAGGUACGAGCCGAGGCCCGAAUGUGGGAGAAGAAUGCGAGGAAGGUUAUGGUGGACCUUGAAAAUUUGCAGAAGAAGUUGUCUGACGAGUUGGAUCAGAAGGAGGCUCUCAAGUUGGAGCUCUCUGCAUCAAAGACAGAGUGUGAUGGGCUAAGGUUGGAAAUCGGAGAAUUGAAAGCGUCCUUGGAGGAAUUGAAUUUGAAGCAAAAUGCGAAGGACAACAUAGGUAAUCUUCAAAAGGAGUUGGAAAAGGAGAUAAAGUUUCUGAAGGAGUCACACACCAAUUUGUCCAUACAGCUAGAGAAGACUCAGGAGUCGAACAUCGAGCUCGUCUCCAUUCUUCAGGAGAUGGAAGAAACCAUAGAGAAGCAGAAAAAAGAGAUAACUGAUCUCUUAGCGGUGAAACCAGAGGAUGAGCAGCCAUGUGAAGAGAGUCGUGAUGGUGGAAUGAAACAGAGUGAACCGGCGGAUAGUAUGGAGAAGCAUACUGAUGAAGAAAAUACUGGGGAGAGACAUCUUUUACUAGAAAUCGAGUCUCUUAAACUGAAGGUGCAGGAGCUUGAGAAAGACUGCAACGAGCUGACUGAUGAGAAUCUCCAGCUGUUAUUCAAGCUCAAAGAGUUGCAAAACCUUCGGGUAUGGGAUGCAUGUUCUACUGCUUCAGUGAAGGACAGCCUAGAAGAUGAGCUAUCCGGGUCUGAGAAAAUGGAAUUAGAGUCGAAAGUGCGUGAUCUCAAAGAGGAACUUUCCUCCAAAAAUGGAGAAUGUUCUAUUCUUGGAGAAAAGUGCGCUGAGUUGGAGGUUCAGCUGCAGACUUUCAGAGACAAGGUUUCUCAGCUGGAUGCUGAAGUUCGUGAAUCUCGCGCCAAUGCAGAUGAAUGGGAAAUUCGGUUUGCCAAACUGGAACAGCAGUUGGAAGAAUAUAAGAAUCAGAGGGAAAUUCCCACAGUUGAUGAUGCUAAGUGUAGCUCUGGUUCAGAGGAUUUAGAGAUGAUGAAAGGGACAUAUUUUGUCACUCAGAGUGACCAACAUGAGGUCAUAUUGAACAGGCUUGUCUAUAUGAGAAGACUCGUUGAGAGAGAAGAUUGCCAAACAGAAGUUGUGGGAGGAGCAAUGGGGGAGAACACGAUCUUGAAUCUUGACCAGCAACUCGGGAUUCUCCACAUGAGUUUGGAAUCUAAACUGGGAGAUCUUAACAGAGAAUUGCUGGACAAAGUUUCAGAGAUAGACAAGAUUAAGGCUGAAAAUUUGUUGAGUCGAGAAGAGACCGAGGGCCUGAGACAUCGGGAAAGAGAGUUGGAGACACAGGUUGGUGAAUUCGAAGAGGAGAAAUACCGAUUAAUAUUAGCCAAUGAGGUCCUCGAAAGAAAGUCAUCAGAGCUGGAAGUUGACUGGAACGCCCUCGAAGCCCAUUUGUCUGAACUAGAAAGGGAAAAUGUCAGCCUCUCUGAACGGAUUUGCGCACUUGAAGCUCAGCUGAGAUAUUUGACUGAUGAAAAGGAAACGAGCCGAUUGGCAAUGCAGAGGUCAGAAUCUUGUUGCUUCAAGCUUCAGGAAGAUGUUCAGAAAUUGGAAUCAGAAAUGGAGGCACAGAAGGCUGACCUGAGAGGAAAGUUGAGUGAAAUGCAGAAGCAGUUGUUGGAAACUAAGGAAGAGUGUGGCUAUCUGAGGAUCGCCAAUCGUAAGUUAGAAGCUACUGCUGAAAGUGUCAUUGAAGAAUGCAGUUUGCUUCAGAAAUCGAAUACAGAGUUGAGAGCAGAGACUUUGGAGCUAAACAGGAAUUAUACAGUCUUGCAAGCUGAACUUGGUGAGUCAGCAAGGGCUUUUGAUCAGCUGUUGGCAGAAAUCGACAUUUUACGAGAGAAAUAUGACUCUGUGUUAGAAGAAACGGCCCUCAAAGAGAGAGCGAUUAAUGCUGAACUAGAUGCGCUUCUUCUUGAGAAUAAUGGAAUCAAUCCAAGUAAGAGAGAAGUUGCCUUUUCAAUAUCGGGAAGCGAGUUUGAAAACAGAGUCUUUAUGGAAUCUGAAGCAAAAGUUCUCCAGCUUAUGGGCGAGCUUUCGGCAUCAAAACAAAACCUAGAUUUUCUGAUGGCUGACCGAGAAAAGCUGCUGCGCCUGCUCGAAGAUUUCAAGUCGAAUGAGGCCAAAAUCAAGACUGACGUUAGGAGACUCGAGUUGAAGCUUAAACGGUUUGAAUACGAGAGAAAACACCUUGUCGAAGAAAUAUCAACCCUUAGAGAUAAGUUGCAGAAAGCUGAGCUCCUUCAGAUUGACGCCUUGAAUCUUAGGAGAACACUCGAUGAGGCCAACUUCGAGAAUGAGCGUCUGGAAGCUUCUUUCCAGGUGCUGCUCGGAGAUUAUGAGGAAACGAGGUUGGAGAGAGACUCGUUCACCGAGAAGAUCUCUAGCAUGGAGAGCACUGUACGAGAAUUAGAAGUGUGCAAAAAUAGGAAAGUCAUGCUAGAGGAGAGGGUUUUAAGAUUGGAGGGCGAUCUAACUGCUCGAGAAGCAUUAUAUGCUGAAGAUGCCGAGCUUAAAAAUGAGCUUGCUCGUGUCAGGAGAACAAAUAAUCAGUUGCAGAAGAGAGUUCAAGAAUACGAGAGAAGGGCUCAAGCUCUCAAGGAGGAGCUGAAGCAAGCGAAUGGAACAGUACGCUGUUCUGUUUCAGAAGAAUCUGAGCACACAACGCUUCAGAAGGAAGAAAUACGCGAAGAAGAGAGCCAUACGGAUUUACGACAAAGAGAGGCUUCAAAUGGACCAAAAGAAGAUCCUCUGCUUAAGAUUCAGUUACUCAAAAACGAACUAGUGGAGGCUCUGGAAGCAAAUAGCAUGUACAAAGAGCAACUUAAAGGCCUACUGUCCAAUGGAGAAACUAUCAGCUUGGCCCCUACCGAAAGGCCAACAGUUGAAGAAAGCGAAGCUCUCGAAUCGGGGACCACAAACAAGGUAUUGAGUCUCGAGAACGAGCUGAGAGAAUUACGGGAGAGCUACCUCCACAUGAGUCUCAAGUAUGCUCAGGGGGAAGCUGAGAGGGAGGAGCUGAUAAUGAGGAUGAAGGCAAUGUAAAGAAAUAACGCAGAACUUUGUUUUCUCUUAUACGGUGAAAUUCUUUCCGUUUUCCCUUUCCCUUUACUCAGUUCAUUUUGACAAAAGAAUUUAUCCUUACCAGUGUAUGUAAUCACAGCAAUAUGAUGUAAUUUCUGCUUCAGAAAUGCAAAUUCAAUCCAAAUUUCACAUUUUUUCCAA